AAUGAUGAGCUUGUCAAGCACAUGUCAAACUUGCCCGGUUAUCUUCAGCGCCCUGAGAGAGGAGAAAAGAUCCAAGAAAAGGUUUUGAAUGUUGGAGUUCUGGAUUGGGGUCGACUAGAGAAAUGGAAGCACAAGCAGAAGCCUUUUCCCAUAAAAGGUAGCGGUAGUUCAUCCUCGGAAAGGAUUACUGGAAAGUCUACAUCAUCUGUUGUAGUUUGCAAUGGGACAAAUGCUGAAGAACUCUCUUUAGGUUGUUCUAGUCUCAAGUUGUCUCAAAAGGAUGGCCUUUCGCAGGGUGUCAAACCAUCUGUGCAUAAAGAUGCUGCGCUUCCAAGACUCUAAAACUGCUUCGAAGAAUGCCAUUUAUGGGCAGAAAAAGAUAUCCUUUCCCUAUCGGUCCCUUGGAAGAAAUCACUCAGAUAUGAUGCUCGAUAAGGGGAAGGCAAAAGAUUCUGAUCAGAAGUUCACAUCAGAAACGGGCAAUAUGGCAGCAAACAUGAAAAGCUAUGGAGUCUCUCUCGAUCAAAAGCACGAGGUGAGCACUAGGGAUGGUCGAGCUAAAAAAACCAAGGACCUGCAAGAAUCGGAUAUCAAGAGGAAGGAUAUUGAUCAAGGAAUCAUUACGGAAAAGGGAGUUCCUUCAUCUAAGCUCAAAAGUUUUGAUGUCUCGCUCAUUUCAGAGGGAAAGACACUUGCUUGUCAUGGUACAACCGAGAAAAGGGUGGAGGAGCUGCACAAAUCAGAUACCAAUCUAGCUCAUCAACACUGCCCUUCUGCGGAGAAUCCCGUUGUUGUCUCACCACCAAAGGAACUACCCCAAAAUGACUUUCCAGAGGUACUCCAGCUUUCAAAACCAAGAGCAUCAUGGGAUGAGUGUAUGGCAGAAGCUGAUAAAAUUAGCUUCUCAGGCAACUUUUCGACCAAAGAGAUGGACUUUGCCGAAUUCUCUUCUGAAGUUUCACACUCAUGCCCACUGCCUUCUGCAGUUGAGACUAAUACAGUAUCAAACAUGUUGCUAAAUAGCACAAUCAACGGUAACAGUGUGGGGCUUUCCUUUGUUCCAUCUCACAUGCGUCAAUGCUCAACACAAGACCUCCUCUAUGAUGAUAAAUUUGUACAUAAGAAAAAGUCAGAGAAAAUGCUUACCCGUUCAAGCUUUGAUACUUCGAGUACAUUGGAUCAAGAAGAUGUUGAGCUGGCAACUAGAAAAGGUAGAAGCCCAACUCCCAUUCGCCGGUUUAACUUCAGCUUAGGCCGACUUGGUAGAAGUCUAAGUUUUAAGGAAAUUUCAGAUAUUCCACAGUUGAGUUCCACAUAUCUGACGGUCAAAUCAGGUCCUGUGAGAUCUGGAACUUCCGAUUGUCCGGAUAAUCCAAACAGAGAGAAAGCAAGUACUCAUAACCGAGCUCGAUCAAGCCCGUUAAGAAGGCUACUAGACCCAAUAUUAAAGCACAAGGAGGCAAAUCUACACCAUUCUGCUGAAGCUGUUAGACCCCCGAAAUCAAAUUUUAAUUCCUUGGUCCCCAAGCCAAUUAAUAUCAGUGAGUCAUUGGAGAAUCUGAAGGCUGAGGCAUCAUGGGUUAAAGCUUUUUUGCAAAUAACAAUCAAGAAUGGACUUCCUUUGUUUAAGUUUUGGGUUGACAACAACAGAAACUGUUUUGCGGCAACCAUGAAGAAUUUAUCAUCUGGGAAGGAUGAUUUCUGCCAGUAUUUUACAUUUUACUGUAUUAAUGAAGUUAAGAGAAAAAGUGGUGGCUGGAUGAGUCAAGGAAGUAAAGGCAAAAGUUGUCGCUAUGCUUACAACGUUGUUGCUCAAAUGAAAGUUUCUAGCUCUGACUUAUCUGAUGUUAACGGGCAGGACUUGAGCAAGUAUAUGGUAAGAGAGGCUGUUUUGUUAGAUGUUGAUCUAACACAAGCAGAUCAAGAAUCACCUAGCGUCGUACCACAUAGGGAGCUUGCUGCUGCUGUGGUCAAGUUACCUAAGAAAGACUUGAGCCAUUCUGAACAGCAGAGUGGCAAGGAAGUUAUGGAGAAGGGCUGUGCAAAAGGUUCAUCCGAGGAUUACAGCUGGGAAGAUAGUGCUAUAGUCAUACUUCCAGGUGGAGUCCAUAGCUCACCGAACACAGGAGAACCUUCACCAUUACUUGACCGUUGGAAAUCUGGUGGGUUAUGUGAUUGUGGAGGCUGGGAUGUUGGUUGUAAGCUGCGUGUUCUCUCCAACCAGAACAAAUGCUGUCAGAUUCCAAAAACAUCCUCCGCAUGUUACCCUUUUCUAGAGACUUUUGAACUAUUUGCGGAGGAGGGAGCUCAGCAGAACAGACCAAUCUUCAGUUUGGCACCAGGGAAGGAUAGAAGCUACUCGGUUGAAUUCAACACAUCACUUUCUUUAUUACAAGCAUUCUUCAUCUGUGUUGUCGUAAUCAGCAGUUGCAGACCAUCAGAUCUUUCAGAAGUUAGUAAAGUGUCAGAGGCGAAAGAAUUCCAGGAACCGAAUCUGAAUCAAAGUAAUGGAAUCCAGGUGACAGGUCCGGCAAAGUAUGCUCCAAAUCCACCCCUGUCACCUGUUGGGAGGGUCUAGCUUUGUCCGAGGAAAUCCUUUUUGCUGUUCGAGUCCGACAAUCGAUGGUUUCAAAUACAGCGGGAAACAUCUCGUAGCCAACAAACCAUUGUCGUGUGAAUCCAUGGAUGCUCAAGUUUUUUAGGGAAACUUGCAUGUUAUUACAGAAAACAUGUAUGAGUUCGGCCGUUGCUCGUUUUGUGCUGCUUUUUUACUGCAUUACCAUGUGUAAAGGGAAAAAACUCAAAAACCAAACUUCAACAUCUUCAAAGAAUGAUGGUGUAAAUAUGCCCAUGCUAGGGCAUUUCAGAUACGAUAGUACCAAUUCUCCGUGCUUA